GACUGUUCCUAGGACCAGACCACCAUCACCCCUGGAGCCUGCAGGGGUCUCGGGAGCCCAGCAUAGGAGACUGAGACCCUUCCCCUGAAGCACCCACUGCAUUGCCUCCACACAGAUCCAGCCCCAAGACAAAAGAAGGAGCUCCUAGAAGGAAUCCCUCUCCCCAGUCUUCCCAGUUCCCACCCUUCUGGGCAGAGCAUCGUCCUGGAACAUGCCGCAGGAUGGGAUCAGCAGUGUGAAUCAGCUGGGGGGGCUUUUUGUGAACGGGCGACCCCUGCCCCUGGACACCCGGCAGCGGAUCGUGCAGUUGGCGGUCAGUGGGAUGCGCCCCUGCGACAUCUCCCGGAGUCUUAAGGUAUCUAAUGGCUGUGUGAGCAAGAUCCUAGCACGUUAUUACCGCACUGGUGUCUUGGAGCCCAAGGGGAUUGGGGGAAGCAAGCCACGUCUGGCCACACCCCCCGUGGUAGCUCGAAUUGCCCAGCUGAAGGGUGAGUGUCCUGCCCUCUUUGCCUGGGAGAUCCAACGCCAGCUCUGUGCCGAAGGGCUCUGCACACAGGACAAGAUUCCCAGUGUCUCCUCCAUCAACCGUGUCCUGCGGGCACUCCAGGAGGACCAGAGACUGCCCUGGGCACAGCUCAGAUCUCCAGCUGUUUUGGCUCCCACCCCUCACACUCCCCAUGGUGGCUCUGAGGCUCCCCGGGGUCCCCACCCAGGGACUAGCCACCGGAAUCGGACUAUCUUCUCCCCAGGCCAAGCCGAGGCGCUGGAGAAAGAGUUCCAGCGUGGGCACUAUCCCAAUUCAGUGGCCCGUGGAAAGCUGGCCGCUGCCACCUCUCUGCCUGAGGAUACUGUGAGGGUCUGGUUUUCCAACCGAAGAGCCAAAUGGCGCCGACAAGAGAAGCUCAAGUGGGAAAUGCAGAUUCCAGGUGCUUCCCAGGAUCUGAGUCUACCAAGUACCUCCCCAGGGGCCACCUCUGCACAGGUAUCCAGGAAGAGAGGGGAUGUGCCCACAGUGGUCCUGCCUGCCCUCGAAUCCUUGGGUCCCUCCUGCUAUCAGCUGUGCUGGAGGACAGCACCAGACAGGUGCCUCAGUGACACCCCACCCCAGGCCUCUCUCAAGCCCUGCUGGGGCUACCUGCCUCCUCAGCUGAGCUCCCUGGAUUCAGUCCUGCUCUGCCACCCUUGUCCUUCCUUCCAUUGCCCCCAAGCCAGUCUUGGUGCCCCUGAGGCCUUGCUCUGGCCCCGGCCCUGCUCACCACCCCUGCAAGACCUGGAAUGA